CAGGUUCAUCAUCUCCAGCUUGGAGAGCACGUUGGUCAAAGCGUGAUCCUUGGGGUAUUGUAGUUCCACAUUCGGGAUCUCGGGUUUGCACGAAAGAUGGGAGACACGACUUAUGAAGCUGAUAAUCUGGUCAUAAACUGCCGAUCUUGUCACUUAGCAACAUUCAAGGCAGGACCAUUCUGCCAAUUUGGGUGGGAGGCCAAGUAUGAGCCGGCUAGUCAUCGCAUCGCGGAAAAAGGUACCCAUAGCUAAAUGCCUUAAGUCUGGUCCCAGAAUGAGGAGCCCGAGAGGCUGAGUCGGU